AAACUGCGCGAUUUCCCUCACUCAGACAUCGUAGCCUAAAGCAACACAAUCGCAACCCCGCGCAGCACGCCUCAAAAUGAAUGUCAACAUUGUGCUCGAGCAUCCGCACGAGCACUAUACAAAUCUCGACCUCAUACAGGGCAAGGUCAUUUUGCGUGUGCCCCAUCCGGCCAAUGUAAGCAGCAUCAUUGUGAAGCUUGAAGGUGAGGGCAGGACACGGCUACUGGCGCCCAUACAUCCGAGCAGGCCGGACAAACAGAGACCAGUCCUAGAAGUACACAAGUUCUUGUACCAGACACAGGUCUUGCUCCCACCGAAUACACGUCAAGAAGACCUCAAUCCAAAGGCUAUUUUCCCUUUGAAUUCUGGUUCUUUUGAAUAUCCAUUUCAGUUCAAGCUUCCUCUCAAUACGCAAUGCCAACAGUCGAACAACCCCAUCUCCAGUGUCUCCUUUACAAAUACGAUUCCCGAAUUCGCAAAAACACCGACACAACACGUCAAGGCUACACUUCCACCAACGCUUAGUGGAUUCCCAGGCGAGGCAGAGAUUCGAUACUUCGUCAAGGUGACGGUAGGAAGACCACAGUUCUUCAAGGAAAACCCAAGGGCAAUUGCAAACUUUACGUUUUUGCCUAUUGAGCCUCCGCGGCCCGAAAAGGCAGACGGAGAAGCGUAUGCAAGAAGACAACAUGAAUUUUUGGAGAAUCCGGGAAGCAAGUCUGUUGCAGGAGGUGUGCAACCGCGCGUAGCCAUUGAUGCGCGUUUGCCAAACCCUGCGAUACUCACGGCCAACCAAGACAUACCGCUGCGGGUUCUUGUCAAGAAUGUCAGCCCGCGUACAAAGAACAUAUAUCUGCAAAUGCUCCAGGUUGAACUCAUUGGAUAUACCAAAGUGCGGGCGCAUGACGUAUCCCGUACCGAGUCCAACAGUUGGAUCCUGUGCUCGUUCAGCAACAUGGCGAUACCAAUUGGCGCCCCUUCAGACCCGCUAGAAACCGAGGUACCCAUCAACCCAGAGUACUGGUCUGGAAAGGUUGUACCAAACACCGUCUCGCCAAGCUUUACAUCCUGCAACCUCUCGCGCUUCUACGAGCUCGAAGUGCGCGUCGGACUUGGCUACGGAAGCUACAAGCACGGUGAAGAUCAGCUCAUUGUGCUACCCCUCCGCUUACCGGUCAAGGUCUACUCUGGCAUCGCGCCCCCAACGGCACUACUAGCAGCUGGGUUCAAUGCAGAAUCGGGAAAACCCCCACUUCAUGCACCACCUCUUCAUACUCCUACCACGGGCUUCAGCGGCCAACCUUCCCAGCCUCCGCCAGCUCCUGUAUAUGAUGAUGCCCCGCCAAGCUACGAAGAAGUCGUUGGCCAGAAUCUACCGCCUAUUAAUGGGUAUAGGGGAAGUUAUAUGCCUCCUCCCGUUCCCGAGGGCGCCCCAAGAUUCUCCGACGAGAAGAGACGAUGA